AUGGCAACAGAACCCACACAGACUACGUCUAGCAAGGAACCAAAGUGGUGCCAAUGCGGAGCACAGCCACCACACCAGCGCCGGACAGCCAAACAAUGCCUGUAUAACAGGAAUCGUGUCCGUGUUGACGAUGACGACGACGUCGACGAACAAUGCGAAGAUGUCGAACCCGAGAAAACAGAGAAAUUCACCAUCAACAUCGGACUGAAUACCAUUUCCAAAUACCCUGAGGUGAUGAGUGAAGCAAUCCAGGAAGCAGUACGACGUACGUCCAUUAUUCGAUUCGAAGCGAAUAAGCUAGCACAGCUAUACGUCAUUAUGAACGCCAACAACUUCGAUGGCAUGAUGAACGUACCAGGCAACAAACACCCUCUGCAUAUGAGCUUCUACAUGGAUUGUUUUUAUGCAGUCAGCUGCCUUGAUAAUGAGAACCGACCGAAUGUGAGAGCACAUUUAACGCCAGCAUGGACGAUUUACAAUCGUAUCAGAAACAAUCAACAAUGGACGAGCCGCUCUGGGUUGAAUCAAGUUCUCACUUACGCAGCGGGAGAAGACUCACGGACAGCUGUGACAAACGUAUUUGUUCAUUUCAAGCCAAGAUUGAAGCGAUAUAUAUGGUUGCAACUAGGUGAUAUCGAAGGCAUGGUUCAGUUGGCGGGCUAUAGUGGGAUCAAAAAGCUUGCAACAGAAAUGGUGGAUACGCUAUGGCGAGAAAACGAUGCUGAAGGUGAUACCGACAUGGAUUGGCACACGUAUCAAAAUGCCGGUGAUCUAUGGCAUCGCUUAUCAAACCGAAUGAGGGUCACUGCCUCACAACAACAACAGAUGGGAGUAUUUCGCGUAUACCAAGAGACUACUCAGAUUCUUGCAAAUGCGACAUUGCCUUUACCAUUGUCAGAGGUUGAUGUUAAGCAACAAGUACGAGAUGCAUUCGGAUUGCAUUUGCAUAUUAUGGCAUACAUUGAUCAACGGCCAGAGGUUCAACCAGUGAGGCGACGAGCAGAUAACCCGUCAUGGAAUUGGUGCGCCGCAACAGCAUCGCGAAUCCACAACGGGGAGAAUACAGAGAUUACAAGACCAUCCAACAAUGUAAUGGACGCAACAACAAAAGAACUACGUCGUGCUAUUGUUGGAAGGCGAGAAUUCACACCAAACGGCUUUAUGAGGAGAAAUUUGAGUGAGCGCUCGAUCCAGUUUUUAACAGAAGCAGCGGCAACGACAAUUAGAGAAAUCGAAAACGGUGUUUUCAUGCCUGCGGUUUACGAACAACCCAAAGGAUGGAUAAGGAAAUUCUCAUCUAUCCCCAGCCAUGAUUAUCGCCAAUUACACAUAUCAAUCGAUAGCUAUGCGUUGUACAGCAUAAUGAACCGAUCGUUUCCUCAGGAAUUCCGUGAAUUCAGAAAAACCGACUUUAUCCACAACAAAGAAGAAUGCUGGGAGACGCUAUUCGAUAUCUCAAAGUUGAAAGGAAUCGAUGGGAUCAACAAGUUUUUUACCGGGUUCAUUACAACAAAUGGCGUUCAUUGUGGUUUUGUUUGCUCAAGGAAGAGACGACAACGCCAGCCUAUUCCCAAACCGUCUGAGGUGAUUCUCAAGGAAGGCAACCAAUCCGUUGUCUGGGGUGCAGAUCCUGGUAUUCGUAGUCUGCUUGUGCUGGAAAAUGCUUCUUGUGGUCAUUCUUCAAUUCAUCCACGUUCAACCAUGGAGCUCUCAGCCAGCGAGUACCACGCGAAGACCCUUCAUAACCUGGCACGUGACCACCAAAGACAACGACUGGAAGAAAAUGAGGCUAUAGCCACGUUUUUCAGAGAUUUACCAGAGAAAAUCACAUCAUCGCAAGCAACAUACGAGCAAUAUUUGAGAGCCUCUCUACCCGAAGGCGUAUUCAUUGACGCUAUCGAUUUCAACAAGGAGAAUUUAAAGGAUACGUGGCACUCUUGGAUCAAUAAGCAGAAGGUGCUGGAUACAUUUGCGAAUAACAUCUGGAAGAAGACAGAACACCUCUCGAAGAAGGAUGUAGUCAUCGCUUAUGGGGCAGCCCAUUUUUAUCACGCAAUGCCAGGCAAUCGCGCUGUACCCGUCAAGACUUUGAAGCAGACAUUAUCAAGACAUUUUCUUGUUGUGCCCACGAGUGAGUACAGAACAUCACAGACAUGUUCACACAACGAAUGUAGAGGGAAUGGAUACAUACGUAUGUUAAACGUACGCGAACAACAGGAAGAUGGUACGCUUGGAAACAUCAUAUAUGCCAUCAAAUACUGCGAAAAUUGCAAUACUUUUUGGAACAGAGAUAUCAAUGCUGCGAGAAAUAUCAGACAUAGAUUCCUGCUUGAAAAUAUGAAUUAUCCACCAGAUAACAUCUUCAUUUGUGAAUAA